UCCUUUUGAUCUUCCUCCUGACAGAGGAAAAGAAAAGAAAACAAAAUCAAAAUUCCCUUUCAAAACAGAAACCUCUAUAUAAUUUCCACGACAAGAGAUGUGUUACGGUCACCAACGCUCCAUAUCACCGGACGGCGACGACGACCACCUCUUCUCCGCCACACGAAACCGCCGAUCCCAAACCGCCAUCACCACCGCCAUCACUAACGCUUUGAUAAUCGAAAAUCUUCAAGACCGGCUGGCCGAGACAGAAGCACGGCUAGAGCGAGCUAGAGCUAGAGAAGCUGAGUUAAGUCACCGCUUAGAGGAAAUGAAGCGAUUCGUGACAGUUAUGGAGAUCCUUGAGACUUUCCUCAAGCGAAGAUUUCGGGAGCAGCAAGAACACGUGGCGCUCUUGUUAGCUUCUUUACCAGCAGCUAAAUAGUUUUCUAUCUCUUUAUUAUAAUCUUUAAAUUUUUGCUGUUACAGUUAAAAUUGAUGGUGUGAGUGAUUUUGUGCUGUGUUUGAUAGUUUCUGUGAAGUGAAAUGAAAUGGUUAUAAUCUCAAUUUAGAAAUUGUCUAGGGUUUUGAUAUAGGUCAAGGUUAAAAUUACUGCUAUGCUGUACAGUUAAAAUUGUUCAUAUAUUAGUUGAAUCAAACAUGAGUUUUAGUGUGUUGAACAUGA